UUGCGGAUCGAAGCUGGACCGUCGCAGCAUCCAGCGGUUGCGCUGCCUGAAGUGCAGCCACGAUAACCAAACUCCUUCCAAGAGCUGCUGUAACAUUUGUGGAGCCAGCUUCGGAAGGAAGCACGCAUGCACUGUCUGCCACGUGUACUCGCACGACAAGGACAUGUGGCACUGUGACAAGUGCGGUAUCUGCCGGCUGGGGGAGCGGGAGCAGUACCGUCACUGCGACACAUGUGACGCCUGCCUGCCGACGACUCACUUCGCGACCCACACCUGCGCGCCCAACGCCAUGCACCGGGAGUGCCUGCUGUGCCGCGGAUACCUCUUCACCUCCCGCUCGCAGGUGGCCUGCCUGCCCGGCUGCGGCCACCUGGCCAUCCACCUCAGCUGCCUGCAAGCUGCAGACGCGGAGGGCAGCGCGGACCGCCUGGCCUGCCCGCACUGCAGCGAGCAGCGCUCGGAGGCCGCCUCCGCACACAUCCUCAACGCAAGUGCCAGCAGCGGCAGCGGCGCCGGUAGCAGUAGCGGAAUGGGCGCCGAGGCUUCUCAGGAGUUGAAGGCUAUCCUUACAAAGCUGAACCUGCAUGAAGAAGAGGAAGAGGAAGAUUGUGAGGGUGUCAGGGAAGGGAGUAUCAUGAACUGCGCGAGGCAUAUGUACCCGCCCUCAAAAGUGUACUUCAUGGAUGGAACGACGUGCGGGACCUACCUCCGUCGCUUCAACGACCUGCCGAACCUGGUGACUCCCUCGGACGAGGAGAACGAGGCGAGCAGGGAAGCUGUGGACCGCGUUGCCCGCACCCUGCAUGCCCUGGACGAGGUCAGUGUGGACCGAGUACACAAGGGCGGCUCCUUCGGCCGCAAAACCAGCGUCAGGGGGCGGUUUGAUGUGGACCUGCCCGUCUUUGCAAACAACUUGCCCGCCGACCCUGCCAGCAGUGUUGUCCUUAUGCGGCAGAAGCUGGGGGUAAAGGAAGUACAGCUCAAAAUUGAGAAGAACCUGCUGCAAUUCGAGGCGGACGGUGUGGAUAUGGACGUGCUGCUGCUGCACAACCUGGCCAAGGGCCAGCCCGCCGGGGUCGACAAGGCGCAGGUGCAUGUGGCGGCGCUGGUGGCCCCGCUGCUGGGGAUGACGGAUGCGCAGAUAGCGGCGCUGGCUGCUGCGCCGCCGGACGGGGCGAGGGAGCGGGGAGUGGUGGAGUCACUCACGAAGUUCGUGGGCGACCAACACACAGUCGCUAACCAGGCUGUACGCUUGUUUAAGGUCGCCGGCACCCUCAUGAUGAAGCUGGGGGUAGAGAAAAUAAACCUCAAAAUUGAGAAGAACCUGCUGCAAUUCGAGGCGGACGGUGUGGAUAUGGACGUGCUGCUGCUGCGCAACCUGGCCAAGGGCCAGCCCGCCGGGGUCGACAAGGCGCAGGUGCAUGUGGCGGCGCUGGUGGCCCCGCUGCUGGGGAUGACGGAUGCGCAGAUAGCGGCGCUGGCUGCUGCGCCGCCGGACGGGGCGAGGGAGCGGG